CAAACAAACGUUUCCCCUCUCUCUCUGUUUCUCUCUCACACAGACGGCCGGAGAGAGGGAGAACACCGCAGGGAGGGGACACACCUCUCUAUGACGUACAAAAACUAACCCACAAAACACCCCCCCCUCCCCCCCCAAAAAAAAAACGAUCAAAUGCAUGCCAAGAAUCGGUUACCCGGUAGCGGUCACAACACCCCGUCGCCACCAGCCUCGCCUCUCCGCUCACCCAGGUAUCGCCACAGUCGUUCUUCCAAGGGGGGACGUUUUACUCCCUUCCAGCCCGGUCGGACUCUCGCCCACCGGCUUGCGUGGUUGCUUCUCUCCGUUCUUCUCCGCCGCCAAGGAAUUUUCUUAUUCGCACCUCUUAUUUACAUCUCCGGGAUGCUUCUUUACAUGGGCACUGUUUCCUUCGAUGGGGCUCCCAUUAUUACUCAUCGCCCUGCACCCGGUUCCGUCUACAGGAGUCCCCAGCUAUAUGCCAAGCUCCGACCGGAAAUGGAUGCGGAUAAUUCAUCUGCCGAUGCGAUUUCAACCAUAUGGAAAAAUUCAUAUAAAGGUGGCCAGUGGAGACCAUGUGUAAACAAGUCUUCAGGGGGUUUACCUGAAUCAAAUGGUUACAUAUAUGUUGAGGCAAAUGGUGGACUGAAUCAACAGAGAACAUCGAUAUGCAAUGCUGUUGCAGUGGCAGGCUAUCUUAACGCAACACUUGUGAUCCCAAAUUUUCAUUACCAUAGCAUAUGGAGAGAUCCUAGCAAAUUCAAAGAUAUUUAUGAUGAGGAGUAUUUCAUCCAUACCUUGGAAAAUGAUGUUCAAGUGGUUAACAAGAUUCCUGGCUAUGUAAUGGAACGAUUUGACCACAACUUGUCCAAUGUCUACAAUUUUAGAAUUAAAGCUUGGUCAUCUGUUCAGUAUUAUAAGGAUGCAGUCCUACCAAAGCUUCUUGAAGAAAAGCUGAUUAGGAUUUCACCUUUUGCAAACCGAUUAUCUUUUGAUGCUCCACCACCCGUCCAGAGACUUAGGUGCUUGGCAAAUUAUGAAGCUUUACGCUUUUCAAGUCCUAUAUUGACUCUAGGAGAAACUCUGGUUGCAAGGAUGAAAGAGAGAAGUGCAAACAGUGGCGGCAAGUAUGUUUCUGUACAUCUUCGCUUUGAGGAGGAUAUGGUUGCUUUCUCUUGCUGUGUAUUUGAUGGUGGAGAGCAAGAGAAGGAAGAUAUGAAAGCAGCAAGGGAGAGAGGAUGGAAAGGGAAAUUUACAAAACCUGGCCGAGUUAUACGUCCUGGAGCAAUCAGGAUCAAUGGAAAAUGUCCUCUUACUCCUUUGGAGGUUGGCUUGAUGCUUAGAGGAAUGGGGUUUGAUAACAGUACCUAUAUCUAUUUGGCAUCUGGCAAGAUAUAUGAUGCUGAGAGAACAAUGGCUCCAUUAUUUGAAAUGUUUCCAAAUAUGCAAACAAAAGAGAUGCUCACAUCCCCAGAGGAACUUGCUCCAUUUAAGAACUUCUCUUCCAGGAUGGCUGCCAUAGACUAUACCGUUUGUCUUCAUAGCGAGGUAUUUGUGACAACUCAAGGUGGGAACUUCCCUCAUUUUCUGAUGGGCCACAGGAGAUAUUUGUAUGGAGGGCACUCGAAGACAAUUAGGCCAGACAAGCGAAAGUUAGCAUUGCUCUUUGAUAAUCCCAACGUUGGGUGGAAAAGUUUCAAGCGGCAAAUGCUGAGUAUUCGGUCCCACAGUGACUCAAAGGGGUUUGAGCUGAAAAGGCCAAAUGAUUCAAUAUAUACCUUCCCGUGUCCUGAUUGCAUGUGCCGAACAAACAAAUCAGAGGAAAAAAGAUCAGCAUCAGCUACAUGAUAUGAUUGGAGUAGUAUUUGGACGAGUGUUUCUUAUUCCUGUAAUUUGGUGGGCACAUGCUGAUGCUAACCCUUUUUUUUGUGUAUUGUAAUUCUUUCAUUCUUUCCUCCCUCUCUAUGAGGAGAGGGCACACACUUCAGUUUUGGGAGCUUUGAUGAUUUUGUCAGAGGUAGGUCACAUUGAUCUAUUGACACAGUUACUUCACCCGGGAUUGAGUCAGGGGGGGUUGCAUCUUUUUGUAUAUGAUGCCAGAGAAUGCAGAAACAAGGAUCUUUCCACCGGAGUUACCCCGGACAUUGACUGGACAGUGGUCCACGUUUACUGCCGCAGGGGCUGCCUGCUGUGUCUAACAAGCUGUUGCAAUUAGAAUUCAGAUUCUUUGACACCCUGGUUUGCCCAUGUUUGUACACUAGUCGCAGUUUGAAGUUGGAACUGCUUUUGUAAGAAUGUAGAGACUGACCCAAUUUGGUAUACAAUUAAUCAGAAAUCAGGGU